AACAGACCAAAAAAGUGGUUCCACUUAUCAAAAGUUCCGCUUAUCGAGGGUUCCACUUAUCCAUAUAAAAUAAGAGAGGUUUGUUAAUGCAAAUCCAAGGGACCAAGGAAAUUGGUUCUACUAAACAAAAGUUCCACUUAUCCGGGGUUCCACAUCGAGAGUAGAUUGUAUAUAUAACUGGAUAAAUACUAAAUACUUCUUUACAUACAUAUAUAAAUACUUUGCUGGGCUAUUUCUGUUAUAGAGAGUAGAAAUAAAUAUAAUAGAAUACCAUUGUUGCAAUGGAAGAUAGAUCAUUUCAAGAAGAUUACAAUGUAGAGGAUGAUAGUGAAGAUGAAGUUGUUUUAAGUGAAUGGCUGAACGCACGACAUUGAAAAUAAAUUGUGAAGUAGUUUUUUAAUUUAAGCACAUGCAACCACAAAGAGAUAUGUGGUAAUUGGAUUGGUCUUUGUAAUUUAGUUCUGAUGAAGAUCAGGACGACAAAGAAAUGUUGGAUUAUUAUCUUUCUACAAAAGAUGGAAGAGAUGUUAUAAAGAGGAAAGAAGGGAACUCGUCAACAAGUAAAGACAACGUGAAAGCAGACGUGGAUAAAGAUAAGGAUGGCGACCUGGAAACGUUAACUCUAGCACCUACUAUAAAACCUGAAAACAUAAUGUAUGAUUCUAAUAUUGACAAAGACAAUGAAGAAUGGAUAAUAAAGAAACGAAAUCGACACAGCAAUAAAACAGACAAGAAAAAUAUCAGUGAUGCCAUGUUGUCUUGUCCCGCAUGUAUGAUAACUGUUUGUGUGGAUUGUCAAAGACAUGAUUUAUACAAAAAUCAAUUUCGUGCAAUGUUUGUUAUGAACUGUCAAGUCAUAAAUGAUCAACUUCUUCGAUAUGAACACAAAAACAAGUCGAAGAAGAGACGAAAAAAAGAAGGACCAGGAAAGCUAGUAGAAUUUGAACCAGUCAGUAGUGCUGGAAAGUCAACUGAACUUGGUGAAGAACUAUAUCAUCCAGUACAGUGUACCUCAUGUCAGACUGAAAUAGCUGUGUACGAUAAAGAUGAAAUUUAUCAUUUCUUUAAUGUCAUAGAAAGUAUUGCGUAACAAGAAAAAAGAUCCUUUUUUAGGAGUGGUAAUUUCCUGUUUUAGUUUAUUUUAUCUGUUGAGUCAUGUCUUUGCACAAGCAACAAUCAUAAGUCUCUUAAUAUUUGCACUUCUUUUUAUCUUAACCCCAUAUUUUUCCU